AGACACCUUUAAACACACUUUGCAAUGCUACUGUAACAAAAGUUUAAUUCAGAAGUUAAUUUUUAGUAGCCUCUAUUAUUGCUGAACGUAGGACUCAGGAAACAUAAGCUUCAUAGCAGCCAUGGAAAAUGUCAUAAAGCUAAUGAUUCUUGCAGGACUUUGUUCUCUUUGUCUCUGUGUGUAUCAGUACCAAUAUGUCUUAUUCCACACUCCAAAAACCUGGACGGAGGCACAGAGCUACUGCAGGGAAACGUGCGUUGACCUGGCCACCAUGGAAGACAUGAGUGAGAUGGAUAUGGCUCUUCAAAGUGUUGGAGAUGACUACAGUGAUGCCGUAUGGAUUGGGUUGUACAAAGGAAGUGACCUAAAGUGGCACUGGUCUAUAGCAGACAAAGAUUUCUACAAGGAUGGAGAAGAAAAUCACCUAAUAUGGAGCUCGUUAGGUACCGACAACUGUGGUGGUUACUAUUCUGGAAAACUUUUUACAGUCUCUUGUCUUGUUACCAAAUAUUCAGUCUGCUUUGAUAUUUCAGAACAGGGAGCAGCUCAGUACAUCCUCAGACCAGAGCUGACAAAUUGGACCACUGCUCGAGAUUUCUGCAGAAGAAAUUACACAGACCUGGUCAGCUUGAGGAAUGACACAGAAUACACGACAGUCCAGAAAGUAGCCAAUGGAAAUUCAGUAUUUGUUGGUCUCUUCAGAGACCCCUGGGUUUGGUCAGACCUGACAGACUCCUCACUAAGGUACUGGAGGCAAUCCCAAGUGGUAAAUACAGAAUAUCAUCAAAACUGUGUUGCAAUACUGAAGAAUGAAUCUGGUAAAUGGGGAGACAGGAAGUGUACAGAAAUGCACCCUUUCCUCUGCAAAUGCAAAAAAUCUAAUCUGCAGAUUGUGAAACUGGGGAUCAGCCUGCAGGACUCAACUUUAGAUCUGAAUGACCCUACAGUGCAAAACAGCAUCUUGGAGCAAAUGAAGCAAAGGCUGAGUGAAAAUGUGAAUGAUGUCAUCCAUGUUAACUGGAAAAAACACUCAGAUGGAAGAGUUUUCAUCAAGGAAACAGAGAAACUCAACACAUGAGAGGAAUACAGCAGGACUGCUAAGAUUCUGACUUGAAGAUGUAAAAGCCCACCAACCAGGAUGGUAACAAAAUAAACAACAUUUUGCUGUAGCUCAUAACGCUUUAAUAAAGAUUUUUUUUCCAGCAAAAAUACCAUAUUUUAGAAACAAUGUGAUGAUUAUCCUACUUAUUGUUGCUUUUGAAUAUCAGAAGUAAUAAGAAUGUAGAAACUUAUCCAAAAAAAUUUUCUCAAUUACUAUUACUACUAAAUGGUUUUAAAUACAAUCUUUGUAUUCCUUGCUGUCUAUUUGUCUUUUAGGUGCAUAAAAAGUUAAUUUCAGAUUUUUGUGAAACUCAUCUGCCCAAAUUACUAAUAAGUUUCUUUCUUGUUAUCUUCUAUGUUCUUCUAAAGGAUGCAUUAAUAUUUAAGUCGGCUUACCUAGCAUAGCAUUAUGUGAAUUUAUAUGCUACUAUUUUUUCUUUUACAUGAGAAACCUACAAAAAUAAAAGUUAAUCAAGUAACUUAUCUGCCCUGGUUUGAUAUUUCCUUUCACAAAAGUCCUUAAAAGAUUUUAAUCAUGGAAAAGAUCUAGAAAUAGUAAUGUGCUUUUUUCCCAAUUAAAAACCAAAAUCCAUUGCAGAUGUGUGAUUUUCUGACAGAAAAAAUACAACAAUCAGCAACACUUGAUUUACUUCUGAGGGGAAAGCAAAAUGACACCGGAGGCUGGUGCUGUGGAUUUUGCAAGUAUUUGCAUAAUAAGGAAGUAAAACGCAGUAAAUGGCCUUGAAGGAAAGGAAAGAUGAAAAGCAGUAAUUCAUUGUUAAUUAACUGGUGGCGAAAAAGGCAGCAUAUUCAAACAAACUAGAUUUGUCCCAUGGGUGGGACUCUGCCAGUUAAGAGGUUAAACUGUAGCAGAACCAGAUAUGAAUUUAUAAGGGGACAAAGACUUUAUCUUACAUAAACUCCCAUUUAAUUGUUUAUGUCAAACCCUAUUUGGUUACGAGAGCUUCUCUUCGGAGAUCUUGUACUAAGACAAAUCCUCUAGUAGAGCAAAUAUAAAACAUAGAAAAAAAUUGUAUAUAUGAUAGUUUCCAUAUAUCAAACAAGACCAGGUUGGACCCUUUGACCCAUUAGAACUGCAUUCCUGUUCAUGGCAGAGAUUCAAGUAAGUGUUGGAAACAUUCUUUAGAUAUAUUAACAUGAAUCCAUGAAACAAAUGAAAACAUCCCAAUGAUGCCCUGUUAUUGUCAGACACUGUUGAACAGUCCAUCCCAAUUGCAUUGAGUUACAUGUGAUUUGUUGAUUUUCUAGUUGUGUCAACAAGCAAUUUAACAGAAAAUUAAGUGGUGUGCAGCAAUAACACUAUGUACAAAUAAUCCACAACCAACUUUGCAGACUUAUUAUAGUGAUUUAAUAAAGAAAUACACACCAGAUUUCAAACCAGUUGAAUAAACCACAGAAUGAAAGAGACCUAUAAGAUAGAUCAUAAGAUAGUUUGAUUGUCUGAUAGAUAUGAUAGAUAAUCAGUCCGACAGAUUCUGUUCAAAAGACAAGAUUUGAAAGAGUUACACAUUAUAGUUCUUCAUUUUAAAUUAACUGAUAAAUUUGUUGCUCUUUCUUUUUUAUUAGUUUUUCAACCUGUAGUCUCAAGUUUUUCCUUAUCUUUCAAAAUCAGACCCAGCAAGCAUCCCAUAGUGUCCCAAAAACACGUGAUUGGUUCAUCAGAGGCCUACCCCAGCCCAGAACUGCUUUCCCCAUAGUGAGUUUUAUUUUGGUUUUCAAUACAAUCAGAUAUUCAUAAGACUUUUUACAACCUCUAGUGGUAAAAAUGAAUCAUUCAGCUUUAACUUUAAACCACAGUCAUGUCAU